AUGACUCUAAAUAUAUUUGGACAUAACCUCCCCGGAAAAAGAGAUCUUCACCACAAGGUGGGCCUGCAGAAGCGAAGAGCACUUUGGUCAAAACGGAGGACUAUGAAAAGUGACUGGUUUUGGAACCUCUCUUUACUGCGAACCGCCGCCUUUUUGGUGGUAUGUUUGGUUGUUCUUACACACUAUACAGUUUUCUUCUACCUGAGCCUAAUUAUUAUGCUUCUGCUACCGCUGCUGUUUUUAUUGAUGUUGAAGGUAGAAUCGCGGGAGUUCAAGCACCAGCCUCCAGCGAGAUUACCGUAUGUUGCUGAGGCGAGGGAUACAGGGCAGUUCCGGCUAACGCCACUUUUCGAAGACUACCCGCGAAUCACGUCGGAGUUGGAAGAGAUUGUACGCCAUAUCGUUCGGGACUUCGUAUCUUCGUGGUACGAAACGAUCAGCGAAGAUCCGCUGUUUCCAAAUGAGGUGCAGGGGGUCCUUUAUGGGGUACUAGUCCGCAUGCAAGGAUUGCUGAGGCAGUUUGACGUGGCGGAGUUGUUGGUAUUAAAGCUGCUUCCGCUGAUCACGAAACAUUUUACUGUGUUCACCCUGGCGUACCAAGCGGCGUCUAGCGACGCGAUACACAUGCAAAAAACUGCCGAGGAUAUGAAGAACUUCGAACUAUCUGUUGCUGUUGAGUUCAGUAAGCACUACAAGAGACAUCAGGCUUUGUCUGGGAGUUUCAAGAAUGUGCGCGGAGACAUUCAACAAUACCUAGUUGAGCGAACGCGCCCGAUUCUCCGGAACUUGAUAGAUCCAGAGGAGCUCAGCUCUCCGUUUGUUGAGCUACUCUCUCGCGAGAUUGUUUCCAAUUGCAUACUCUUCCCUUUGAUGCUAAAGCUGUCCAAUCCGGACUUCUGGAAUAUCACUCUGAUUGAUCUCUCAAAGAAAGUACUACGCGAGCGUACACAGGUGAAGGAACUCCGUAAGGCAUUGUCUAGGGAGCUGCAAGAGCCGCAUAUCACACAAACGCCGCAGGCUGGCAAUAAUGAAAAUAAAGUCUUGAGGCAUUACCUUGUCAUAGGAGCCACGGGACAAGAAUUUGAGCUUUAUCUAAAGUACAUCAACGGUCAGAGGAACAUCAUCGAUUUAGCAUCCGAAAAGUUUUCUGUCUUAGUGAAACUUCUCACGCUAUCGAAGAAAGCCUACUUAUCCAAUGGCGAGGCGGAAUUCCAGAAGAGACUUCAGUUAUCUCUGAACCUUAUUGAGAGCCGAUUUUCCUUCUUAACUGGAAACCAUAUUUCAAUUGAACCGAACUUCUGUGAGAAAGAGCUUCAGGAAUUUGAGACAUUCGUGAAAUCCGUUGAUAUUGAGGCCGUACUUUCGGAUUCAGACUACAUUCAGUUUUUCCGCGAGUUUCUGAUAAGCUGUCAUGCCCAUCAAUCAAACCUUGACUUUUGGUACUUUGUUCAAGGAAUUAAAAAUCCGUUAGAAGACCCACAGCGUGAAGAUAUGUCCAUAGAUUUAUCUGAAGGGGGCGUAUCAGAUAUUCAGAAUGCUUUUACGAAAUUUUUAAAGGAUGAACGACUGGUUAGUUCGUUUAACAAAGAGUAUAUUAAGGAAAUUGCGACAUUUCUGCAGACAUACCGGACUUCCGAUCGAAUCACUCGGACUAGGUUAUAUCUGAGAGCUCGGAAAGCCCUGCUUCUUUUGCAAGACGAUGCAUAUAAAAAGCUUCAGACGAUAUACUUUCCGAAGUUCAGAGACUCGAUAUCUUUUCUGAAACUGAUCGGGUCACCGAACUUUACUAGGUCCUCUGUUUAUGCAAGAUACAUUCAUAGUUUUGACUUGUCAAAGUCGAAUCUUCCUGAACAGUCUGAGUCGAAGCAUGUAGGAAUCAUUACAAGUGGUGAUAUUGACAAGGCCUUGGACAAUAUUUUAAAUGAGGAUAAGCCUAGCACACCGACAAAAGACAAAUUGAAGGUUCGGAAAUCAUACACUGCGUUAUUUGGCUCUACUAAUAGGAGUGGAAUAUUUAAUGACACGCUAUUCCUGGAUGAUGCGAUGAGCCAAGAGUAUCUCUCGGAGGACAGUGCUGAGAUUGAAAGUGAUCAUUCUGUCAGUUCAGAAAAUGAAUUUUCUCAAGACAUAAUAAGAUCCGAUAUUAUUGAUGGGGAUAUAAUCGAUAGCAGGCUAGAGCUUAAAGAUAUUAAGGAUGAACUUGGAAACCUUAUUAUUCAUAUUGAUCAGCUUCAGAAGCAGCUGGAGUUGUUGCAGCAUCUCAUACUAAAAGCCGAGCUAACCAACAAUCAGUCACAACUAAAGCUACUACGGAAAUCAGAGAGAUUGUUAUCAAAUGAGCUGGAAUACAAAGAACUGUUGAAACAGCAGUAUACAGUUCUUGAAAAUUCCAAUAGUUUAUUUGGCAGAACAAAGGUGUCAAUUAAAAAUUAUAUUUCUGAGUUAUCUCCCAGCGAUGGGAAAGAUGUGAUCUAUUAUAUUAUAAAUGUUAAUCAUAUUAAUGGUAAUCAAGUUACUUCAUGGGAGAUACCCAGACGGUAUAGUGAAUUCUACAAACUAAAUGCCUAUUUGAAGAAUACCUAUGGAUCGCUAGUUGGACAUUUGCAACGUAAGCAUAUUUUCCCGCAGAAAGUAAAGAUAUCCCUGAAAUACCAUGUUUCCAAAUCUCUCCUCUAUGAAGAGCGGCGUCUGAAGUUAGAAAAUUAUCUUCGUAUGCUACUUCUAAUCACUGAUGUUUGUCAAGAUACUACUUUCCGCAGAUUUUUGACCGAUGUCUCCAACGCAUUCAUGACUGGGGAUGAAGAACUCGAUGCUCGAAAAAGCCCAUUGAACGAUGCAGUUCCGUCGCAAGGCAAUGAAAACCCACCCAUAAUUAAAAGGUAUUCGACGAUGGAUUUUCAAGUAACGACCCUAGAUAAGGAUGAACUGACGAAGGAAAGCAGCUUCUAUGAGGACGAGCGGAACUUUUACGCUGGAACAAUCAGAAAACCUAAAUCAUUUGUUAAACCCAUCUGCGAUCUCUUUAUAUCUCUCUUUUCCCUGAAUAAGUCUAACUCCGGCUGGUUACGUGGCAGGGCAAUCAUUGUCGUGCUUCAGCAACUAUUGGGCAGUACCAUCGAGAAAUACAUUAAGGACAUGAUAGGCAGGGUACAAUCUGAGGAGAAAGUAUACGAUAUGCUUGUGCUGUUCAAAGACUUAAUGUGGGUGGAUGGUGAACAACUGCGAAGUAAUAACUCCCAGACACAGCAAAGGACUGAAAGUGCAAUGUUAAAAAGUAAAAAGGAAGCGUCGAUGCUGCUCGAUCGGUUGAUGAUAGAAACUUGUGGGAAGGUAGUUGGCUUCCGAAGUGCUAAAAAUACCAGUCUAAUGAUACAUGCAAUGUUACAAAAUGAAUACCUGAAUGCCAGUCUAAUAUUGGAGAUUUUCGACGUAAUAGUGGAUGAGGUAUUCCCGGUUACUUGA